CAGCGCGCGGCGUGGCAGAGCGUCCACAGGCUCGAGUGCAAGGCCCUGCAGCGGGUGCCGGCCGAGCGUCGGGGCCAGUUGCCCACGCCUGUGCGUCUGCUCAUGCAGGUGCUGCUGGUGGAGGGGAUCCGGGACGGCGUGGACUCCCUGGAGGGGCAUGUUGCGGCGAGGAGGGCGCGGCCUGGGUGGAGGGAUGUGGAGUUGAUGGCCAUGACUGCGUGCUCGUAUGCUGGGAAAGGGGUGGACGAGGUUACGGUGAGGAAGGCUGCUGAGCAGCUGUGCAAGAUCCAGACAAAUGCUUUCAACUGGGCAGACGAGGAUUUCACAGAGGCGUGUGUGUUCAUCCAGCCUACAUUGGCAAUGAUGAACCACUCGUGUCUGCCUAAUGCCAUGAUCCAGUUUAUUGAUGGCAGGAUAGUCCUCAGGGCUGAAUCAAAGCUGGAGGCUGGGGAUGAGAUUGAGAUCUCCUACACGGAUGUGACGAUGCCGUUGCCAAAACGACGUCAAGCUAUAGACUCUUACAUGUUCCAGUGCCAGUGUCUCCGAUGCCGAGAUAACUUGAACAUCUACCAAGCCUGCUCAACCUCCAGUAAUCUAGAUCUCAAUGGCCUCAGCUUAUCACCCGAGGUGUCAAAGGUCUCACAGCUCCCCAUCAUCACUAACUCAGCCAUCUCCAAGCGCGUCACCACCGCCGUAGAUGAGCUUUCAGGAAUCAUCCGGACGGAUGAGUUCAGCAACAGGGACAUCAAGCUUCUGACGCUCCGUGAGCGAUUCCAGGCCUGCCGCGAACUCGUGGUUGUCGGAGCAUGGGCAGCAACCCCGGUACCACAACUCCUUGCUGCCAUCUCCAACUACUUCGUAAACAAAGAGGACUAUACAAGUGCUCUCGCCAUUCAAAGUCUGGUAGCGAUAGAGUGUACUCCCUAUCGAUACCCCGCGCCAUUCCACCCCAGCCGUGUAAAGGAGCUGGUUCACCUUGCGAGCCUGCUCAGCAACACAGCCCCUCACACCGCCGAACAAAUGGCACAAUCAUCUGCCUCGCAGUUAACGGGAGGAGGUACCAUUCCCAAGAUCCAAGAAGCUCUCAGGGAGAUUGAUCAAGUAUCGACUUAUCAGAUGCUGCUCUUGCUUGCGAAACGCCUUGCGCCAGCUGGGUUUGGUGCCAAAUUCAAAUUAUCCCUCCUCGCAUCAGAGAGACUAGACGAAUUGAAACAACUCCCUGGGCGAGAAAAAGAGCUCUCGCUUAUUGAGAGAUGGGAUGCGGAUCCACACAGCGAGUGGUCGAAGGGUUUCUUCCAAUUCGCUGUAGUAGAUCCGAUCCACAGACUUGCAUCCCUCGGGGAAGAGCUUGUGAACCAGGAAUUCAGUAGAUAA